CCUUGUAAUGCAUCCCUUUCGAUUCCACUACCAUGAAACUCUUGAUAUUUUUGGCCUUGAUAGCGAGUAGUUUAUCAAUCGUGAUAGACUAUGAGACUUUGUAUAGUAUUAACAGCUACACGUUGAUUGAAGACGCCGAUAGCCAAGCUUUCAUUGAUCCUAGACUUGAUGGUGGUUCAAUGUUGAAUCGGGCUACAGAAGAUCUCGGCGAACCACUGAAUGUCAUAAUAUCAGCAAAAUCAGAUCCUCACGUUUUGUCGAACCGUGGAUUGCUCGAUUUCGCGAAAUCGGUCGGAUUCGCAACUGAAUGCUUGAAUUUACACAUUGGCGGACCACAAUAUGCCAACUUGGGUGAUGGUCAGGGCUGGAUAAAGGAGAAAAUAGAGCUGAGACAAACGUACUUCCCUUUUUUUGGGACUUGCUGGGAAUCCUACAAAGGAGGUAAUCACUUCCGAGCGUUUAGACAAUCGACAACAGGUGCAUGGUUUCUAGCAGUCAGUAUGGAGAAGAAAAUAAAAGAACAUCAUAAGAUACUUGAAGACGGCUACAACCGCGGACGCGACGAACUAGCCAGUAAAGCCCUUUUAGGUGGUUAUGGCGGUGGAUAUAGAUUUAGAACAUCCGUCGAAUGGAUUGACAACUUGUUAGAGCCAGGAAGCGAGGGAGUAAAUCAUGGUAUACCACAAGACGGCAGAGUAGCGUUAUUGACUGUGAAAUCCGUCUAACUUCCACUUCACUUAUUUCACUUAUGACGAAAUGAACAUUCCUCAGGCUAGUUUAGCACGAAAUCUUCAUAUUUUUGGAUUAAUGAACAUUUAAAAGACCUCUUGUACUAUUAUAAACAGCUUUUUCAAUGAAAUUUCUAAUCAC